UUUCCACUUGUGGGUCGCAAACGAUAUCCACUUUUUCCCACUCAAAAGCGCUUUGCGAAAGCAAAGCCAUACAAUAUCGAACCCUCGAGCAGCUCCAGAUAGCUCAAGCUUAAUCGAAACAAGCAGAGAUCAGAAUGGCCGUCUCUGCGCUAAACGUUAAGAGCCCAAAUCUUCAUAGCCUUCAAAGUUUCAAUCGCAAGUCCUUCUUCACCACCAAACCCACUUCUUCGUCUCCAAAUUCUUCGUCUUCUCUUUGUUCCGGUGCUUCUCGUGCUUGCUUUUCAAAUGCAGUCAAUGCAAAGCUAUCAAAUUCUGCAAUCAAGAACCGUGUUUUUGACGUGGGUGUUGGAAUUUUAGCAGCCUCGGUUCUGGCUUUCUCACCGUUAGAUGCAGAUGCUACUAGAAUUGAGUACUACGCCACUGUGGGAGAGCCUUUGUGUGAACUCAAUUUCGUUCGGUCUGGGCUUGGCUACUGUGACGUCUCGGUCGGCCCCGGUGCCGAAGCUCCUUACGCUGAGCUUAUCGAUAUUCACUACACUGCAAGAUUCGAAGAUGGGACAGUCUUUGACAGUAGCUAUAAACGUGCUAGACCUCUCACUAUGCGUAUCGGCGUUGGCAAGGUCAUCAAGGGAUUGGACCAGGGGAUUUUUGGAGGUGAAGGAGUACCUCCAAUGCACGUAGGUGGAAAACGCAAGCUUCACAUUCCUCCUGAAUUAGCAUAUGGGCCAGAACCUGCGGGAUGCUUUUCAGGUGACUGCAAUGUACCUGGCAAUGCAACUCUUCUAUAUGAUAUUAAUUUUGUUCGUAUCUACAGCGGGAACAGAAAGUGAAGCUCACAUUCAUUAGCAUAUGGAUGGGAAGCCUAUGAGGUUCAAAUGGUGAUCAAGCAUUCAGGACCCUAUACGAGCUUUACCAUCUGCACACUUGGCCUGAGAGUUGGCCUUCCCAGAAAUGGGAAAUCAAGAUAGCUGUCACUCAUAAUUGCAGUUGUCACUCCUUUCUCAGAGACCUUGACAAAACAUGUUUGCUGCUUUGGUUCUUGGGUCAAACUGAAGUGACUUCUAUAGGAAUACAGGAAAAGAUAAAAAGGCAUUACGGCUCACAUGCUGUGAAUGCAUACAGGAGGAAGCAAAGAUCCAAUUGUCCAGAGUAAUGUCUAGGGUCAAGAUUGCCUAACGGAGGAUAACGAUAAGCCUCAUACUGCAGCAUUCAUACAUUCAUAUUUUCAUUGAUUGGAUGACUCUUUUUAGAUAUUUGAUAUGAUAUAGUGGUCUUAUAAAAAUCAACAUGUGUAGUACCAACACAAGGUGGUACACCAUCAAAGAUCAUCAGGCAAAUACUAGUAGAUUGUAGAUUUUUUGCAUCACUUGCUUUAA